ACAAUCGAGCGUCCUGUUGUCAAGGAUGAUGAUUUUUAACAUUUUCUGAUGAUUGAUGUCCUUCAUUUAACCCUGAUUAUAUUAUUUGUACAAAACCGAAACACAUGAAAUCACAUCACAAUGAAGAAGUCCACACCGACCACAGUGAAGGCAAAGUCAACUGCUGCAAAACCUAAAUCCGGAGCAAAAGAGACACCUCUUUCUAAAACAACAUCUGGCCGACCCAAAUCAAAGCCAACAAGAGCGCCCUCCGGUGAUGGAAAGAAGAAAGUGGAACCUAAGGGUCCUUCAGCCGAUGCAGACGAGGUUUUACAGUCACGAGAAGAGGCGUACAAGAGACUGUGUGAAGAAUCAGAGAUGUCAACUGUUCCAUUGAAACCAGUGAAGAUAAGUCUUCCAUUAAUUGCAAGAAGAAAUCUUCCCAAGGGGAUCGCUGAUGGACAACAAGAAAAAUUAAUAGAAUCUUUGAGUAAACUGACUCAUGUACGACUAGACAGAGAAAACAUCCAACAGAUAGACGAUUUGGAAAUGAUGGGACCUGUUACAAAUCUCUAUUUACAACAGAACUGUAUCAAGAAAAUGGAGAACCUAGAGUCGCUUCAGUCUCUCCGCUUCCUCACACUUGCCAACAACCAGAUUGAGCAUGUAGAAAAUCUGACGGUGCUAUCUGAGCUAAAGCUGUUGGAUUUGUCAUCAAAUCAAAUUCAAGAAUUGAACACUGAGGAGCUGCCAAGGUCAUUGCUGAUUCUGAAUUUGGAAGAUAAUCCAUGUUGCUGUCAGCCAGACUACAGAAAGAGGAUCCUUCUAUCCUUACCAAAGCUCAAGACGUUGGAUGGCGACCCUGUGAUGAGAUACGAGAGGAAAGAGGCAGGAUGUGAGGUUUCGUCUUCUUCCAGUUCAGAUGAAGAUGAAUAUGAGGAUGAGAUCUCGGAGGGCGACUCUGCAGAAAACGACAUUAAUGAUGUUCUCCAGUUGUCUUCGGACCUCAUCAGGAAAUCCCAAGCCCGAUCUAAGGAAUAUGCAAAUGAGCACUACAGACAUAUGGAACAGCUGGUAGAUGUCCGCAGCCAAUCACAACUAGCUAUGAACACAGCCAGGUCAUCAUUUGACAUGACCCCAAGGUUAGAGGGCACACCAAGGUCAGAGGGCACGACCUCUGCCCUUGGUAGUGGCAGGCAAAGCUCAGGGUCAUCAGCAUCGAGAUGAAAAAAAACUUAUUAAAAACUCGGUGACUUUUUAAUAAGUGGAUGUUUUUUAUAUAAUGCUGUGUUAAAAUGUUUUCCUUUUUUCAAGAAAUUUAAAAUGUGUCCAGGGCUCCAUUUCAAAACAUACUAAGAUGAGUUGUCAAUAAUGCGCAAGUCUUGGGACCUGUUAAAGAACGUGAGUUUGUUUCCUUGUCGGGACCAAAGUGGUCUAAAAAUGCUAGAAUACACGUGAGACUUACACAGUCUAUAAAUCUAUUUGUGAGUUUAAGUUUCAACAAGUUCUGGUACAAUGACUUAGUUAGUCACACGUUACCGCUUAAAUUUGAAUUCCUCAGACUUAAGACAGUUGCUUUGUCGAACGGUUCAGGGCAAGCUUUUGUAUAGCGACCUCCAGAUUCAACCCUGGUACCAUUGUCUUACACAUUCAGAAUUGUGUUUGGGUGUUCACCAUUGGUGUUCACCAUUUAACUUGUGACUAAGCAAGUCAUUGAACAAAUCUAACUUGCAAAUGGCUACAUAAACACAACCAAUGUUGUCUUAAAGGAACACAUUGCCUUGGAUCGGUCGAGUUGGUCUUUGAAAAGCGUUUGAAACCGUUUGUUAUGA